AUGCAGCAAAGGCACCCCAAGGAUGGAACGAGACAAUAUAUCUCAUUCUACGAGGAAGAGGAGUCGUGUGACACAACAAUACUUGAGUUCGCAAAGAUAGAUAUUAAUCUGCUACAAAUGUUACAUCGCAAAGAGCUUGCUUGCGUAGCAAGGUGGUACAAUGAUAUGGAGAUUGCAUCUAAAGUAACGUAUUCAAGGCAUAGAGUAGCAGAGGCGUACUUGUGGUCAGUUGGAGCAUAUUUUGAGCCUCAAUAUUCUCAAGCACGAGUUACAUUAGCUAUUGCACUAAUCCUAUUCACAGCGCUUGACGAUAUGUACGAUGCCUAUGGUACAACGGAGGAACUUGAGAUUUUCACAGAUGCAAUGGAAAAGUGGCUUCCCGUUUCCCCUAACGGGAUACCUGAGAGCAUGAAGCACAUUUACCGUCUCACGGUAGAUUUCUAUAAUAAACUCGAAGAGGAACUUGAGAAGGAAGGAAGGUUAAGACUCAUAAACUCAAUGUUGUGGCUUCCAUCUUAA